AUGAGCAUAUCUGAUGAUCAAAGCUCGGAAAUAUCGUACAACUACGACCCUCUUCCAGAUGGAUCGAUCCGAUUGCUUCAUCUCCAACCUCGGAGCGUCAGUGACUUCAUCACUUGCAAUCUAGUGGCGACACACGUUGAGGACGACAUGCCAGCUUUCGAAGCACUUUCAUAUACAUGGGGGGACCUCACAAUUACAACGGCAAUAUCAUGCGACGGCCUUUCGCUGCAAGUCCAUAGCAACGCGUGGCACGCACUUUCGGAACUCCGGCAUGAGCAAGAUGUGAGGGUUCUCUGGAUCGAUGCGCUAUGCAUCAACCAGGAGGACGUGGCAGAGAGAAAUGUCCAAGUACAAAUGAUGCGGGAGAUAUAUGGUCGUGCGUCUUGCGUCCUCGUCUGGCUCGGCCGCCAAAUGGAUCAUACAGAUCAAGUCUUCGCAAUGAUCUCGAAGCUUUCGGCAAUGAGGACCAUUGACCCCAUCGACCACCAGACCGUUGCGUACACGCAUGAUGACCUUCAAGCUUGUGACUUGCCAGUUGCAUCUGAUCCGGUCUGGAAGAGUCUUGAUCAACUUCUGUGGAGCUCUUGGUUCUCUCGAGUCUGGAUAAUUCAAGAAAUCUCUUUGGCUAGACAAGCCCGUGUUUUCUCAGGCUCUGCAUCCUGUGGAUGGAGUCAGUUGGAGUUGGCAGCGAGAUACAUAGACGAUCACUCGCUCACUAUGCUUGUGGAUGUCGACCCGUCUCAGGUCAUCCGCCUAGCCCGUCUCAAGGCUGCCGCUUCUCACCCUGGGACAUCUGUCCUCGAGAUUCUGCAGGAAAGUCGCUCGAGCAAGUCCACAGAUCCAAGAGACAAGAUAUUUGGCUUGUUGGGCCUGAUUCCGUCGUUCAACCUCAUAAACCCUGAUUACAAUAUGGCAACGCACGCCGUACACACAGCAUUCGCCGCCAAAUUGAUCGAGACGCGCCAAUCCCUGGACAUACUCAACUACACCGAGAUCUGGGGCGACUAUGCUCUCCCGGUCGACCUCUUAGACAAAACACCCUCGUGGGCACCCAACUGGUCACUCUCUGGACUGACAAGGCCUCUCCCCGCCACUGCCGAACUGAAUCCAGGCAAUCUCAUUUCCCGCACGUCACCAGACUCGACGUCUCUUCAAGUCUGGGGAGUCGAAUUAGGCACCAUAGAUCGCGCUGGAGACACGUUCCUCGAGUGGAUCCCGCGACCGGGAAAUUCUGUGCGAGGAGCUCGCUUCGCCAAUUUCACGACUGACGCGUACCAGAUGAAGCGCUGGCGCCAGUGGGAACAUAUGUCUCGAGGGACGGCUCACCACCACCCUACUGGUGAACCCGUGCAGGAAGCCUACCUUCGCACCAUCGUCGCGAACGUCCUGCCUGACGGUGCGAAUGAUGGCAGUGCCCUUCAGACUUACUACGAGUCUUGGCUUCGAUUCUGGCGCGUUGGUGGGAGAGAGCGAGGGCGAUACUUGAACGCCUACAUCCAGCAGAGCAACCCCAACGAGCUUCAACAGGCACUCGCGUUCAUGGAAACCCAUCAGGCAGCCGCCUACGGUCGGCGCUUUCUCGUCACCAAGACUGGAUAUUUUGGGCUCGGCCCCUUCAAAACGCGACGGGGUGACGUGGUCGUAGCUCUAUGUGGAGGCAAGACUGCCUACGUCGUCAGACGUCAAAGUCCAAAGGGACCAAGUGCACAUUGGAAAGUCAUUGGGGAAUGCUACCUUCAUGGCGUGGAUCGAAAUAUCAUUCUCACCAGCGCUGACCGCCACAAGCCUUACAUCCUUAGAUGA